GGCGCAUCCUCGGUCGGCAAGUCGUCGCUCCUCCUGCGCUUCACUGACGAGACGUUCCUCUCGCCCGAUGAAACCUCUGCGACCAUCGGCGUCGACUUCAAGGUCAAGGUCAUGGAGCGCAAGAACAAGCGGUGGAAGCUGUCGAUCUGGGACACGGCCGGCCAGGAGCGCUUCCGCACCUUGACGAGCUCGUACUACCGCGGCGCGCAGGGCGUCAUCCUCGUGUACGACAUCACCGCCCGCGACACGUUCGACAGCCUCGCGUCGUGGAUCAACGAGCUCGACACGUUCGCCGGUACCGGGCCCGCAAGCCGCGAGGUCGUGCGCAUGAUCGUCGGCAACAAGGUCGACAAGGAGUUCUCGCGCACCGUGUCGACCGAGGAAGGGCGCGCGUUCGCCGCGUCGCGCGACCCGCCCUGGCUCUUCAUGGAGUGCUCGGCCAAAAAGGGCGGCGACGACGUGAGCGGUGCCGAGGGCAUCUUUGGGCAGGUCGUCGACAAGGUGAGCCCUCGCGCUCUCUAA